UGGGACCUGAGGCAGCUCUGACAGUACUGAACAAAGAAUUCACACAAACAUACAUUGUUUUAAUUACAUGGUGUUGAUAUUGGACCUCUGAGCUAAAGAAACUAACAGUGGUUUCAUGUAACGAGAUUGAUGCAACAGCUAUCGUGCAAGACUUGCUCAUCCCAUGGAUGUGUGCAAAACCUCUUGCCCUAGUGGUUCGCCACCAGGGUGUGAUGAACUUCAUGAGGUGUUUUCUCACUUAAGACCUGCUGCUUGGAUUUGCCACCAUGUAGAAACACUCAGCUUCCAUAUGCAGACCUAAUGUCCGCACCACUCUUAAACUACUGCCAAAAACAAUACCUGCUUGGCAGUAGUUUAUUCUGUAAUGGCUUCAUUGAAAGACUGGUAAGAAUAGCGGAAAUGGUGUGGAGAGCAACAGUGGUAGGUUGUCUUAGCAAUGAUACAUCUUUGCAAGAAUUGCAUUGGGGAAAGAGGGAAGGCCUCUGAGCUUGAUAGCUCACAAUCUUACCUUUAUCAUGGGCUGCUGAGGCUUGGAAAGGUAGACUUCCAAGGAGCUAGUCUUCACUCUUUAUUUGCCAACUUUGUCUUGGUUGGUAAUGAGCUCAUGGGCUUCUAAGUAAUUCAUACUUGCUUUUCAAUGACACCUGUUGACUUUGGAAAACAGCCAUAGAGGCAUCAUUGGCUGUCAGAAGAUCACUGUUGUUUUCUAUCCUAGAUACAUCUUCCAGUCUUUGUGGGGAGGGAGAUGUUCAACAUGUUUGGAGUAACAAGGAUGGGGCGGGGGCUCAGAUCUAAUCGCAAAACACAGCAAAAUUAAUCUAUGGUGAGCCAGAAAAGACUUGGGUAGACGGGAUUGAGUUCUUGAAAAUAUGGGUAGAGGUUGUCUUACCUAGUUGUAUAUGGGAAAUUCUUAUUGAUAGCUAUCCAGAUGGGCAUAUGAACUACUACACCAAGAAAAAUCUAGAAGCAUCAUUGUAUUACACUUUCAUAUCAUCUAUGGUAUGUGAUAACCUCAAGUUUACAGCAGCUUACAACUGUUCACUAUUAUGUAUUGUAGAACACAAAGUAAUAAUUGUGGGCCUUGACAAUGCUGGAAAGACCACCAUUCUAUACCAGUUCCUAAUGAAUGAGGUGGUUCACACUUCUCCCACUAUAGGAAGCAAUGUUGAAGAAAUAGUAGUUAAAAACACCCAUUUCCUCAUGUGGGAUAUUGGAGGACAAGAGUCUUUAAGAUCGUCCUGGAAUACCUAUUAUUCAAAUACAGAGUUUAUUAUCCUUGUAGUGGACAGCAUUGACCGAGAGAGACUAUCUAUCAUAAAAGAAGAACUAUACAGAAUGUUGGCACAUGAGGAUUUGCGGAAAGCUGCAGUUCUCAUCUUUGCAAAUAAGCAAGAUAUGAAAGGCUGUAUGUCGGCAGCUGAAAUUUCCAAGUACCUCACCCUUAGUUCCAUAAAGGAUCACCCAUGGCACAUUCAGUCCUGUUGUGCACUAACGGGAGAAGGAUUGUGCCAAGGCCUGGAAUGGAUGACUUCCCGAAUUGGAAUAAGAUAACUUCUUUUCUGGAGUCAAAGUGACACUUACCUAUGGACAAACUCCUUUGCGGUACACUUGGCUGCUGAGGCAGCGACAAACUUAACUUAAAACUUCUGAAACCUCCACAAGCAACACUUGAAUCAAGUGCAGCUGAACUUAAACUCAAAAGUAUUUUUUAACAUUUUUAAAAUGCACUAAUCUUGGAUGGAUGAACAAGUGGGACUAUAUGAAAGCUCUCCUAUAUAAGCUAAAUGACUGCCUUGUAACAAUUUGCCAUUGGAAAUGCUCCUUAUUCUUGCUGCUUACAGUAAUCGCCUCUAACAUAGGUCGGUCUCCUUCCUUUCCUGUUUCUAGGAACAAUUAGCUUUAAGAAUCCCAAGGUUAUGGGUACUAAAGACAACGUGAUUCCAGGUGAUCGGAGUUCAAAUAUUGAUGCACACUACAGGAGUUCUCUAACAUUGAAAGUUAUUUAUUUGCUGUUGUUGCCUUUUUGUUUAUGUAUUGCAUUUUAUGACUUGGUGAACAUAUACCUUUUUUAAAAGAAAAAAACUUAAAUUGACUGCUAAGUGUUUUAUAUAUUCGGUUUACCUGAAUUUUUUUGUUUUUAUUUUUGGUAAAUCAGUGAAUACGCUGCAUGUUGGCAAGGAGGACAAAUUGAGUGCAUUGUGUUUUAGCAAUGCAAGUUUAAAUAGGGGAAAGUGUUCAAAUAAGUGGAGGUAUCUCUUCUCUAACAAUAUUGUCUCGUAACAGUACGUGAAAGCCAAACAUUCAGCAGUUGUAUUUGUUAUUUUCUGUAUUACCCAACCUUCAUCCUUAAGGUGCCAAGGAGCAUUGCAACAGUUUUAAAUAAAGCAUUAAAACGGCUCACAAUCACAAAAAUAGGAUGGGUCCUACGAAGUAUACAUCUCAGGGUGUCAAAGGCAGAUAAAGAGUUAUGUCUUCUGCCCCAAAAAUGUAUAGUGAAGGAAGGAGGGAAUUCCACAACUUGGGGUCUGCCACAGUGGAUGUGCUCCUGUAGGCCACUGCACCCCUGAAUAUCUUAGGGUGGUUUAAGUACGCCUCUGCCAAUCUUAACAUACAAGAGGAUCUGUAGAGGAGGAGGUGGUUUUUCAGAUAUCUGGGCCUGAGUUGUUCAGGGCUUUAAACACUUAACAUGAGCACCUUGAAUUGGACCCGGAAACAAACUGGCAAACCAACACAGCUGUUUUUAAGGUGUUGUGUGAAAUCUAAAUGAAACCUCAGCCAUUAAUCUGGCUGCUGCAUUUUGGACCAGUUGUUUUCAAGGGCAGCUGCACAUAGAGGCCAUUGCAAGGAUCCAGUCUGUAAGUCACUAGAACAUGGAGUGCAGUGGCCAAGUCAUUUCUGUGAAAAAGGGACUGUAGAUGGCGAGCCCUUGCCACUGAGGCCUCCAGUAAUGGGUCUGAAUCCAGGAACACACACCCCCCCGACUGUGGACCUGCUCCUUCCAAGCAAGUGCAAUCCUUUGGAAAAGCCAAAUUUUUCUGGGUAUUCCGCUUGUCAGUGAAGUUCUACAAUCGGAUUCUGGAUGAUUGUGGCACAUAAAUCAUUUAUUUGAAUUAUGUCUGUAAAGUAUGCACACACCUUGAAAUAUGAGGCCUAGCUACAUCUCCGUUGGAGAGAAUUAGAGCAAAAAGUACGCUUGAAAAUAACUACUCUGUUGGCACAAAUUGAACUAGCUUUUCUGCAAAAAAGCAUUAACUAAUGCAUUAAAGUGGUUUGCUUUGUCGUCGUCCCCACACCAAGAAAUCACUGUAAAUUUUUCAGUAACGGUUUUCUGUGGUGUUUUUAAAUACCAUCUUGUCUGCCUUCUAUAAUGUCAAUUGAUUCCCCUCUCGGUUGUUUUCUGUCUUAAGGCAAUGCUGGUAAUGUAUGUGAUCUGACACUUAGCAUUACGUGAAAGCUCUUGUAUUCAGUGUUUCCCUGAAAUGCCAGACAACUUCAGAGGCUGCAGAAGAGCUGCCCUUUGUGGCUUAACCUGUGUGUGGAUUGGGGUAGAAAUACUGUAUUGCAACUGGGGCUGAACUGAAUUUCCAUUGGGUUCAUUUUCUCCCUGUGAAGGUGACAUACUUUAGUGCACACAAUUUUUUCUCUCCAACCCCCAGCCCCCCCCCCCCCCCCGCGCGCAAAUGGUGUUCUGUAAGAAAAGAUCUCCUCACACUUUGGAAUUGUCAUCUCCCUCAGCAAUUCAGUUUGAAAGCAAUUGUUAUUUGCCUCUGUUGUUGCAAUGUGUAAGGGAUGAACCCUCAUGCCAUUUUGCCUUCUUUCUGUUCAGCCCAUAGCAUGCCAAGCAACGGUACAGUAGCUUUCAUCACUGGGCUUGUCAAAAAAACAUGCAGUGAGAUCUGGGCUUUUUUCUCUUAAUGGUGUCAACUCCUUUGACUUGCACUGUCGAAUAUAGGCACAUGUUCCUGUAAAAUUAGAUGUGCAAUGUUAUAUUUGCUAAAGGCCAAGAGUUAGAGGUAUAAGCUAAGCAUCAAACUGAAGACCUUUGUUGGGAUAAGAUUAAGCUGCCUUAUAUGUGUGAAGCUCCUUGUUCCUGUAGCCCAGUAUUGUUGACUCGGGCAUGGGUCUUUCUCAUCACCUGCAACCUAUUCCUUCUUUAAGCUGGAGGUGCCUUGGGCUGAAUUUAGGACCUUCUGCAUGUAAAGCAUGUAUUCUGUUCAGCUAUGGUUCCUCCCAGUGUACGUUUUCAUAUCUAUUGAAAUAUAUUUAGAACUUUUUUCUUAGCAUCUUAACAAAUACAUUUCAAAUGAAGUCUAUUUCUGAUCUUAGUCCCUGGUCAUUAAAAAAAUUCUUCAGGGAUGUUUGUGCUUAAAUUGGAAGAGAUUUUUCUUUACUGCUACUAUCUGUCUGUUGAGAAUACCAUGAUUUUUCCAAUUUGCCCUGCCUUCUUCAUCUUGGCUUUGCUCAAGAGCUGCACAGGAACUGUGAAUUUACCAUUAGGCAAGGAAGCAUUCAGUGUUUAAUCUGUACUUAUGAUGCCACAGGGUUUGAAAAACAUAGCCCUUUUUGUCCAAGAUAAUGUUUUGUCAUUUGAUCACUCACAUGGAAGUGUGGUUUAUCAAUCUUGUACACUUUUUUAUAACAAAUGAUCAGCAUGGUAUUGCAUUGUAAUUAUUUUGUUGGGGUGAAUUAAAGUGCUUGGCUGUGUAAA